UGGUUAAAGGUAACCCGAUCUGCUCCUGAUGCUGGCUUGAAUCGGCGCUUCACCGAUUGAUUUACUCGGCCUGAGUGGAUUGAUUAGUCGGCCUCCCCACCCCACCCCACUCCCCCCGGGCCCUGGGGGCUUGUGGGCUGUGGGAAGGCUGCUAGAGCUGCGGGUUGCGGGUGUAGGUGAGAGCAGGUGUGGGCUCUCUGACGGCGGUGGCGCAGGAGCGCCGGGGAUGGAGAGCCGGCGAGAGCGCAUCCUUUGCAGCUCUUCUGAAUAGAUGUCUUUCCCGAUUGACCUCUCCGUAGCAAUGUGGACGCUCGGACUAGGAGCCAUCGGGGCUGCUGUGACGGGGAUGAUCCUGGCCAAUACGGAUUUGUUCCUCUCCAAAGCAGAAAUGGCCUCCACGGAGUUCCUAGAAGAAAUAGAUCUGAAGACUCUGGGCCAAGCUCAAGGAGAACAGAGAACCUUCAAAGCCAAGGAUCUGUGGAAGACGAAGGGUGCUGUGAUCAUGGCGGUGAGGAGGCCUGGAUGAUUUUUGUGCAGAGAGGAGGCCGCUGAGCUGUCCUCUCUGAAGCCCCAACUCGACCAGGUAGGGGUCCCUCUUUAUGCUGUGGUGAAAGAGAACAUUGGGACGGAGGUGGCCGACUUCCAGCCGUACUUCAAGGGAGAGAUAUUUCUGGAUGAAAAGAGAAAAUUCUAUGGCCCUCAAAGGAGAACAAUGCUGCUCCUGGCUCUUUUCCGCUGGAACGUCUGGAGGAACUUCUGGCGCGCCUGGAGGAGCGGCUACACCGGCAACAUCGAUGGAGAAGGCGUGAUCCUGGGUGGGGUUUUUGUGAUCGGCCCCGGGAAACAGGGGGUUCUCUUGGAACACCGUGAGAAAGAAUUUGGAGACAAAGUCAGCCUCGAAGCUGUCCUUGACGCCAUCAGGAAGAUCAAAGUGCAACCUUCAGACCGUGGAGAAUAAAGCAUCCUUUCUCUUUUUGUUGCAAAUGCGAAUAUUGCCACACAAAUGUGGCCCCGUAUCUCUGCCAGGUUUCUCAAUUUCUCCCAAAUACCCUCAGCGUAAAGUCCCAACUCCUAGUAGCUCUUUCCGUCUGCUCUUCAGAUACCGCCGACUCCUUCCGUCUUUGUUCUGCUGGGUCCAUGAAAGGCCAGGUCUGAAAUUUGAAGAUCUGACCACGAUCCUUUCCAGUUGAAACAAAACAUUCAGGUGCAUCAGGGUAUCAGGGGGAUGAUGGAAAGCUUAAUAAACCUUGUUUGAAAGUUUAAA